AUGCCCCUCUUGCGAGAUUUACAUUCCGUUCUGUGCGACCUUCCGCAGUUGCAUGUUGACCACACUUCCCUGAAACUUCAAUCCCUCACCCUGCUUGAUAUUCGCGCUGUAUUCCCAUCUAAUGACGAUGACGCUAAUUCUCGGAAUCUCCAUACGCGUCUACAAAUGCUCGCAAAAGUCCCCACUAACAGUACCCUCACAUAUGACCAUACUGUCUGGUUAUAUCACAUUUUCACAUUUCCUCCCCAUCCCCCCCGCUCACUGCUCUCGGCGUCAAGUUCCCCAUCCAUAAAAACCGUCCCAGAGCUCUGCCGGCCUUCAUCUUGUUCUUCGAGACUCCUCCCUCCCUCCCCACUCUCAUCUUACGGAAACACAUUCCUACCCUUUCACUAUCACUGGCCCUCUUCCAGCCCUAUAGGGGACUGGGUUGACGGAGUCGUACUGGCUAUCGUCGCGCGUUUUCCCAAUUUAACCAAGUUACAAGUCAGGUAUGCAAGGGGAGCACCAAGUGAGGAUACUAUACUCGGUAUGGGUUCGCGUACACUCGUCCUUGAGGUGAGGAAGCGCGAUGACGACAUCAUAUAUGGUGCCCCUGAUUUCGGCGAUACUUACUCCGAGAGCAUGCAUGACAUCGAUACAGUCGAGGAUAUGCCAAUAGAGGGCGUUCUCAGCCUGCAGCAGCUGCAUUUCUCCCAAGACGCGGCUGUUACUUAUUCUCAGGCUCUUCCUGGCCUCCAGGGAAAAGGCUGGAGUGCUCGAACGAGUUAUAUUUCACCAUUAAUGUCAGGCCAAUACACACGACGAGACCUUACCAGCGGUUCUGAACUCAACCUUACGCUAAUCGCCCUACUUCUUAACCUCGCCAUUGAAGGGAUCCGUUAUGGCUUCUGGCUCGACGCAGCCCGUCGGAGCACAAAUCGAUUCUGA